CGGUUUCUACGGUUAGCAAACAUAGUUAUGUGGUAGAAUUUCUCUUACUUUUUUUACCAAAAUACCUAAAACACCCCCAUAUGAUUUGAAAGGAUAACAUUACCCCUCCCCUUUCCCUUCUCCUAAACUCUCACUCUAAAUCCCCAAACCGAGAAGGAAGAGAAGAACCUUUCCGUAGCUUUCCUCUGAAACCUGCAACUACCGUGGGCUCCUCUCCCCUCCGGUGUGCGAUCGUGCACUAAUGUUAUUAUUUUGGAUACCAGGAGGAUUGCUGAACUAAAAGAACAUGAAUGCCAAAUUGCAGUUGAAGAUGUCAUGUACAUGCUAAUUGUUCACAAGUUCUCUGAGAUCAAAGUUAUUAUGGUUCCAAGGCUCUCUACAUGCAUCAAUAAUGGCAGAAUAGAGGGGUUACCAUCGAAGGACAAGGAGCUCGAGUCCAUCUGUACCAUUGAAGUCCUGGAGAUGGUAAAGGAACAUAUUUCCACCAUACUUGGUUGGAGAGGAAAAUCUAAUCUCUCUGAAAAUUGGACAAAUAGGACCACAACCCAUUUGUAAAGGCUUCAUCUUGGCCAAAUCUAUGCUGCCUCCGUCAUGUAUGGCUAUUUCCUGAAGUCUGCAUGCUUGAGAUACAACCUGGAUCGGAGUCUAGCUCUGACCAAUUAUGACUUUUCUCUUGGCCAUGGGAUCCAUGUUCCCAUUGCAGAGUUCCAGCACCAUAGUUCGGAAAAUUUUGUUGCUCUCCGCCGCUCAAUUGACACUUGGACCACCUCAUUGAGUCAUGUAUCAGGGAGGCACUCUAGGAAGCACGAGAAGCUGAGAUGUUAUUUGAUGAAAUUUGACCCUGAGACACUGCAGAGAUGUGCAAAACUAAAAUCUCAAGAGGCGGUGAAUCUAAUUCAGAAGCACAGCUGGGCUCUUUUUGGGUAUGAGAUGGGAGCCCUUGAGAGUGAGGAGGCUAUCAAUAUCACAUUUGCUAGCCUAAAGAGGUUGGUGUUGGAAGCUGUUGCUUUUGGUUACUUCCUCUGGGAUGUGGAAGGAUAUGUUGACAGUGUGUAUGGGCUCAAAAGAGCUGAUCAAGGAGAAUAAUUUUAUAAAAGUAGGAACUGUGGUGGUGCUUGGGAGUGGCUUCAAUCUCCUUAUACUAUUCAAAUUGAUUUCUUGACCUGUUGGCUUGAAGGUGCUUCAAGGCGCCUCUCAGCCAACUUACAGUUGACGUAAAUAUAGAAGCACUACCAAAAACAAUUUCUGAGGAACCACUUGGGUGCAUCCAUGGCUCUUUUAUGAGCAUUUUGAUCCAGUGAUGACUCUUUAUUUGCUUAGGGUUGUAGAAAUUUACCUGCAAAUAUAUAAUUUUCUAUUUUGAGGAACAUCUCCCUCAAUAACUUUAGCUUUUAGAUAUGAGGGAGAGGAGCCCACGAUCGCACGCCGGAGGGGA